AUGGCUGUCCUCUUCGUCCUAUGGGUUUUGACGACUAUCAUCGCGAUUUCCUUGGUCGUUUUUCUCAUUGCUAAACGGAUUUCACUCCGAAAAAGGAUUUCUGAUGAGCACAGGAUUUACAAAAAUUGUGUUCUUCUGGCAUUUUUCCAUCCAUACUGCAAUUCUGGAGGCGGUGGCGAAAGAGUCUUAUGGACUGGCAUCUCAGCCAUACUCCAGCGGUAUCUCUCCCCUUUGUCUUAUCGCCUGAUCCUCUUUCCGUUUCUUCUAGUUUUCCCAACGUAUUCAUUUUCAUCUACACGAAUGAUAAGGAAUGUUUGACUGCCCCAGUAACUGUCUUUCGCCGCGUGCAAUCCGUUUUCGGAAUAGAUGUUCUACAGUUGAAGGCAGCCUCAAGGAUCCAAUUCGUACCAUUGGUUACGGAGCCUCUGCUUCGCCCCGCCCGGUAUCCCCACUUCACCCUUGCCGGUCAGGCACUAGGCUCGGUUAUCGCCGCCCUAGAGGCGGUCUUUCGCCGGCCACCGGAUAUCUUCCUUGACACGACAGGAUUCUCAUUCACGAUGCCAGUCUUCGCAUGGCUGGCCGGCUCCUUUUGCGGUGCCUACGUCCACUUUCCCACAAUAUCUUCUGACAUGGAGAUUCGAGUGCGGGAGCAGGGUCUUUCGGGCCUGACGAGUGAGGGCACCGCGUACAACAACUCGGAGAGAAUUCGCCGCAACAAGUUUCUUACUUCUGCCAAACUGGCAUAUUAUCGUCUUUUUAAAAUGGCCUACUGUUGGACCGGAUCGAGGCCAAAUUGUGCACUGGCAGCUGUUAACUCUUCGUGGACAAGGAAUCACAUUAGCCGCAUGUGGGGCUGUUCACCAUUCUUGCUUUAUCCACCCUGCCCGGUAGAAAGUCUGGCUGAGAAGAAAACCCCGGUUGAGGCUAGGAAACCCUGGAUUAUCUCUGUCGGCCAAUUUCGACCGGAAAAGAAUCACAGGGUAAGUGAUCUGUACGUCCUUUCCCUUCCGACUUGUCUAGAGUUUUUUAACCCACCACUUUGUUUAAAUUGGGAAGAAGACUACCGUCCCACCACUUAGUGACCUUUGACAAAGUGACCGUGUGGUUUCACGUCUCACAGGGUAAGUUAACCACUAAACGGCAAGACGUACAGUUUGUGCGGCUGCAACUCAUCAUUACAUAUACGGACGCACUCUUCCCAGUUGCUUUUGAUUGUGGCAGCACGUAGUCCUUCCAACUUCCAGCGGUUUUGUACCAAACUUAAUAAACGUGCGAAAGGCGGCCGCUUGAUGCCACCUCAACCAAUGCGUCAGAUCUCAUUCCCACUUGACAGGCCCGCUCUUACCACAAUGUCUGAGAAGAGAGAGAUUGUCUUUGAUAUAUCACGGUGCGCCAAAUCUCGUGAAUAGAAAAUCUGUCAGCCGACAGAUGACAGUCAAUCCAAAAUAUCUCUCCAUAAUACGAGGUCUGAAUAACUAAAGUAUACUUUCUCCCUAUUGAGCUACCAAUGCGUGUGACACGGAUAAAAGGCGACCUGUUGCCACCUCAGUUCGUGCGUGUGAUCUCAUCUGAAAUCGGCUUAGCCCCCGGUUCUUGAUGGGGAUAUCUGGAAACCUCUAAGGGACGAAUAAGCAGAUGGCGGGUAAUAGGGAACACGAAUAUGUGCAGAUUAUCGGGUGCUGAGGGUGAUGCAAUGCAUGUUGGGUAGAAAGGCUGCCGGAUCUAACCACCCUCGAUCGUGUCACGGCCACUACUUCUUCAUAUAUGCUAGUCUGGAGCGAUCUAUCCCUCUCUAUAGCUACGCAGGUCGAGUACCGAAGGUCCAAGAAUCAUGUCCAUGUCAUUACAGACUUCUUUAGGUCAAUUUUUCAGUCGACCAACUGAACUUGUGGGGGGGGGGGCAACGAAGAACGUAUCUAAACCACGUCAGACGACGUCCGUACGGUAUUUAUCUGUCAACAACAUGACCUCGGGAUGUUUGAGACUGUGCGCUUCAGGCUGAUAGCCACCAACCACGAGACGUGCCUCCUAAUUGAGGAUGCAAAUCCAGAAGGUUUUGGUUUUCACAGCUUUAAUGACGAUGAUGAUGAAUGGCAAAACUGCCGCAGAGAAUAGGGGGCAUGAUUGAUUGGUUAUACUAGCUUAAAAGGUGUUUGAAGUGAUCACGCCAGCUCUCGACCUUUUCGGAGUUAUCAGCAAUAAAUGCGCGAUUGACCUCACGAGUAGAAUCUGUUAGUGCCGGAUAUCUACCGCUAACCAGGUGAAUGAAUUGGUAAAGUUUUCUUGUAUCGCCGACGCUUGAGGACUGCAACAAGAAAAUCGCUACUCCAAUCCAUUCGGUCGACUUUGUGGUCACGUUUGGUAGAAUAAAUUCUCAAGCGGUCAGCGCAGACAAAUGUAAGCUUUUUGAGGUGAAUCAGUCAUCCUGCUGCUGCCGAGCGAAUCCAAGAACUCUCUCAGUCACCCCUUGAACUGACCAUUUAGUUCUACCCCGGACUGAAACAUCGGUUGUAAACUGCCGUGAUUUCACGCCAUCAAGACUAUUUGUGGGGCGGCACUUUAUGUGCUAUUGGGGAAACCUUUUAGGUGCUGCCGGUUUCGGCACCUCGCACCGAUCUGUCCUCACGAAUCUUUACACUUGCGGGAAUUUAGUCAAUCCAAUUGGCCAUAGAACUAUCGUUUGAAUAUAAGGUUGGAAGAUAUUUACAGCAAUACUGAAGCACUUGUUGGUGGCUAACAGCCGAUGUUGGUCAGGUAAGCUCAAUAUCCACUUGUAGUUGGUUGAAUGAGCUCUCGAUCGGUCAGGACAGACAAAUAUAAAUUUUUUUGAGACGAAUCAGUCAUCUUGGCGCCGCUGAGCGAAUUCAAGAACCCUCUCAGUUACCCAUUGAGCUAAGAACUUAGUUCAGUUUAAUUGACCGUGCAACUAUCAUUUGAAUGUAAGUUUAGAAGAUAUUUGUGGCAAUACUGAAAGCCCUUGUUGGUGACUGGCAGCCGGUGCUGGUCCGAUAACCGAAACAUCGCUUGUAAACUUCCGUGAGACGAUUUAGCAGCCGAUGUUGGUCAGAUAAGCUCAAUAUACUCUUAUUGUCGUAUGAGGAUCUGAAGCCAAAGGGGUUAAUAAAGUAAUUGUUUGACGACCAUUCCAGUUCCCGGCGACACUCAACAGAUCACAACGGGGAAAUCUUUCAACUAGCUCUUGAGACGCAGAUAAAAGGAUUGUUUAUUGCGGCGAUUGGGCUGAUGUUGUUGCCUAAACUGAGAGAACAGAAAUGUCGGUAAAAUGCGCACUCAGUCGCGCACAGGUCGACUGGUCACCAUGAAAGCAGUGCAUGAUUCAACUGUCGCAAAAGAGCGAUCGUCACACUGUGUCUCUUGGAGGAGUAGCAUGGGCCACUAUCUUAUAGGGUGAACUGGAAGCCGACCGCGAGAACCCGGGUCGAUGAUCAAGCUUCGAAUACGCAACACACAUCCACGUGGCAUUUAUGAAGACUGCGCGCCAUCUCAUUUUGGGUACAAGGUCGUGGAGCGUUCGCGCAUUCGAGUAUCCAAUCAGGGGUCCGCUCCUGAUUGGGUAGCUCAGCUCGCACCUCUGGACUAGGGCUGCGGAGGGCGUUUAUCCCCGCGGACUCUGCAGCACUGACUGUGAUGCCAUGGUCGGACAUAUUCUACACAAGGUUUCUUGUGAAUUCCGAGUGCCGGCGAUCUCCAGCGGCCUCCCGAAUCGUCUGCUCGAGGUUUCCUUCUCCAGUUAUUUCGAUCAAGAACCCAAUUGUGACUUGUACUUGAUACGGCUACGAUCAUGUCUGAUCUAGCCGGCCUCGAUCAUGUCACGAACUGUACCUCUCCACGCGUGACGAUCCGCGGCAGCAGAUCUGGACAGCUCAACUCAUUCCCUUCGCCAACGACGGAGACCAAAUGCCGAAGGUCCAAGAAUCACCUCCAUGUCUUGACGAACUGUGUAGAGCCAGGUUUUGAAGUGACCCCCCCCCCCCCUUCGACGCCUCCAAUGGGGCAACGGUGCCGGAUCGAGAGCAGUAACACUGAGCUCCUGAGGUGGACGACGAAGAACAUGCCCGAACCACCUCAGUCGUCUUUCUUGGAUGGCCUGAGUUAUCCUUGCGAUGCUGUCGCAGCCAGCGCGGACUGUCUCAUUUGAGAUGAAGUCGGUGAACUUCACUCGAAGGAUGGUCCUCGAGCAGUGGUGGUCAAAUACCUCCAGUUUCCCCUCGUCAUCCACACGCAAAGCCCAGCAUUCACAACUGUAGAGAAGGACAGAUCGGACAGAUGCACGGUACACGCGAAUCUUAGUGGCGAUGGAGAGGUCACGUCGGUUCCUUAGGCAUUUUCGAAGGCUUGAGAAAACCCAGCGGGCAGCAUCGAUUGGGGAGACAACGGCGUCCUUACUCUGUCCAUUAGGCAGCAGCCUCGCCCCGAGGUAUUUAAAACUACUUACUUCUUCAAGUUGACAGCUAUCAACCAAUUGUGAGACCAACCAACUCUCCAAAUGGGACUUCACAGUCGCCGUGCCACAUUGUCGACGUGGCGUACCAGACACUGGGCUAUCCAUGCUUGGGGGGAGCACUGUUGCCCGUUAGUCCGCAACCGCUUAUUUGUCAGGUCUAAAAGCCUGUUUAUUUCGUAGUUUGCCUUUCUGUGAGGACCGUUCCGCUAUCCGCCCCCCCCCUGGACGCGUCGGGUGACUGGAGUGUCUUGGCGUGCGACCUGCUCUCUAACUGCGCACAUAGCAGGGCUUCUAUCAGGAAGGCUGGCGUCUCACAUGAGCAUGAGUUUCGUAAAUUCCACGCCAAGGAUGGUCCCUAAAACUCCGAGCCCCAUUCCGAUGGAGGACUGAACAAUUCUAUCAGUUGACAUACGUCAAAGUACCGUGGAGAAGAACGCCUCAGUAUGGGCCACAUGUCUUCUUUCUCCUCCCCUUGAAGCACCACUGACCUGUUCAAACAUUUCGGUCGAACGGUGGUCAUAUUGUUUGAAAGCCCCCGUCCAACGAGUGCCACACGCAUGUGCGGUAAUAUUUAUAGACUCACGCGGGCCCUGUACAGCUUUGCUAACAGGUAAGGCCGCCUUUCACCAGCGAGUCUCACUCAGUCAGUCUAGAAGAAUUAAGUGCUGUUAUGACGUUCGACUGACUACCGGCUCAUCCACAAUUCUUAUCUUACCCGCCUUCCACGAGCACACUUGAAAGAAGUUCAAAGUGUGCAUGAGUAGCGAUGCCAAAAAUUUUGCGACGACUCAGCAACUGUCUCCCGAUACCGAUAAAUCCUGCUCUUUGAAGUUGUUUUAAAAUUCACUCGUUAGAAGUCUAACAAACGCGCGCUAUCUUUUACUCUUUCGCCAAACUCACAUACCUCUGCCUGGUAUCGAAGUUACAUCUCACUCCCUUCAGCUGUCACGUUAAGCGCAACAUGGGUAUUCCUGUUUUCCACCGAAUCCCCCACGAAAUUGACCCCCCGUCGCAAAAUCGUUGUCUGACGAGCUGCAGCUUGACCGAGUCUUGAACUACCAUAUGUCCGAUUUCCUGCCAGGCCACGCCGUAACCACCCCUUGUUGUGACACUAAUUUCUGAAUUAGCUGAUACGGAAAACUUGACACGGUCUUCUGAUAUGACUGUUAACUGGGCGUCCAUAAGGUCUUAUGUCGAGUCGCAUCGGGUGUCACUGAGGUCUCGGCACGCUUUUUUAUGCAAUGUGCAAAAGGGAUCAGCUCCUGAGCUAAGGAUCGGUCCUAAAACCAGCAAUCCCGGUUAUUGUCAAUAGAAGCGAAGAGACGAGUCCCAGGAAGCAGUCUUGAAGAAGGAGACACGAUCACUGGGACAAGAGCUUUAUUAGCCUGUCGUUUCGGAUUCCUGCUCGAAUCCAUCAUCAGAGACAAAAGCAGAUACGGGUGGUUCAUGCACAAGGGACUGCAGUAUUUAUAGGAUGCAGUCGCCAUGCUACCGCAUACCUAUGAAUAUUCACGUGUCCCCUCCCCCUCAUCAGGGAUUGUUGCACGUGGUGUGAUGACUGUUUGGUUGCCAACAUUUGCGUCGUUUAUUGCUGCAAAGGGACGAAAGGCCUAACCGCACGAACACCAAAUUUUGGCGAGAGCUUCCGUAUGUCAAGAACGUUUCGGAAGCUGUCGGCCGCCUACUCGCACCACUUGGGGUUGGAGUUGCACACAGACCGGAGGCAACCAUCAGCCGUCAGGUAAUGAAACCAAAAGGCCCGCUGCUACGGCAAGAAACGUCUGGAGUCGUUUAUCGGAUCUGGUGCAGUUGCGGACAAAGCAACUACGUCGGAGAAGUCGGAAGACAGCUCCGAACGCGAAUGGCCGAGCACGCUGCAACGGUGCGGAGAAAUGACGCCAGCUCUCAAGUUGCGGCUCAUUCGACGGGUUCCGGCCACACAUUCAAAUUUGACGAGGCCGAAAUUCUCGCUAGAGGUGACAACCGUGUCAGCCGGGAGCUACUUGAAUCAUGGUUUACAAGUGCAAUGAUCUUCCCCUUCCAUACUCGGUGCUGAGACUUCGCCCAGGCGGAGUAAUUAGCCACGCGGUGAGCGCACAGGUGAACACUUUUCCCAACACCAGGGUCGGUGGGUCAGGUAGUCGAGCCAUCAUCACACCAACAUCCAACGCCCGUGAUUAAAUUGCGGCAAUUAACGACGCGUAUGUCGGCCUCCAAACAGUCAGCACACCAAGUGCAACGAUCCCUGAUGAAGUCGGCGGGAGCCGUGAAUAGGUAUGCGGUAGCAUGGCAACGGCAUCCUAUAAAUACUGCAGCCGCAUGUGCAUGAACCACCCGUAUCUGCUUUUAUCUCUGAUGAUGGGUUCGAGCAGGAAUGCGAAACGUCAGACUAAUAAAGCUCUUGUCCCAGUGAUCGUGUCUUCUUCCUCUUCUUCUUCUUCUUCAAGUCCCAGUCAGAGCUUUUUGUUGUGUCGAUGCUAGCAGAAGUGUCACCAACGUGAAAAAGUGCAGUCCUCCAUAGCCUGCAACGUGUACAAAAGUGCUGUCGAAUUAGCCGCUCACAAUGGCUGCGCCGGCAUGCCGAUCAGCGGUGCCACCCAUAUGAGGUGCCUGGAGGUUUCUGUCAUCAGCAAAAAGUGUGACCUGGAAGGCGCACCACGGAAAUGCAGGCGACACCAGCUCUGCAUUGUAUCGUUACCCGCAUUUAUAAGCUCAAUGCUUUGCGCCUUUGCCCCCUUAGUCUUGCAAACAAGCCAGCUUGCAUCUUUAUCGUCCGGCCCAACAGUUCGGCCGGCUGUUGCCGACGAUGUCCACCGUGUGCUUCACACCGCGGGUGAGAGCAGGGACCGCGACUUGUGGACAUACGCAACGUCUGCCGCACACUCUUUCCUCCCCAGGCUCAGUCGAGAAAACCGCAGACAGCAGAGGCCGCAUAUGGCUGGCACCCGCACCUAGGUGUACCACCACCCCUUGACCAGGAUUUUCAACAACAUGCAGUAGGUGGGCUAACUCAUGAAAUGUCAACCGGAAUUCCGCAAUGCCUUUUCGUUUCGAAAAGAUUCAUCAAGUAGGGUUGUAGAGCUAAUCAGUAUACUUCUAUAACAAUUCAGUUACCUCAGAAUACCCGCUCUCGAAAGAACUUCUUUCUGGCUGCACACAAGGAACACGCUCUGUUAAUAAUGACUACUUAAGUAGUAGGCACGUGGCCUCGUGUUGCUUGAAAGUCGUCGACUCUAAGGCCUUCUAGCCCUGGGGUUGGACACGGUGUAGUUGAGAGGACAUGCAAAUGCAUUGUAGGUUUGUUCCGCAAAUUGCGUCUCGAAUGCGGAACUCUACAGAAGGGCCGGCGUGUUACCCGAGGAAGUAGCGGUUGAUCGCACAUCAUUACAGUGAGUGACGGAUCUCAUGAAAUGUCGACCAAAAUUCGAAAAUGCCUUUUCGAUUAGGAAGAAUUACUUAGGUAUCUUUACAAUAUUGAUUAUCAAACGACAUAAUCCUAUAAUGUUUCGGACUUGCCAGGAUGUCGGCUUUUGAAUGCAUUUCUUUUUAACCUCCUACAGAAACCGCACUCGGUAAGAAAUGACUACUUAAGAGGCAUGCGUUUUUGACAUUGAUUUCUGAUUGUCUCAUAAAUUCAAAUAUAUUUUAUAGAAAACAUGCAUACAAGUAUGCCUUCGUUCGCUCGUUCGGUAGAGAAUCACGUUAUCUUUCCAUUUUAUACCUGAAGAAAGGGUGUAUUUAGGUUUUGAGAAAGUUUCCCAAUGUCCGAAUAAUUUUGAGCCUGAUCAGUCGUCGCAUUAGCUUUUAGCGAUUUCAGUCUACAAGGUGCGUGCUUUCGGCGUAAGGAAAAUCACGUAUUCCUCUAUGCCUUUAAAAAGAUACCAUGUAGAGUUCACAAAGUAUUGCAGUGGAUGCGGACCAUGUUCUACAUUUCAUGAGAAGCAUUGGCAAGCGGACAUGUACAAUGCUGUAUGAAUGGACAUUGCACGGUCUUAAAAAUCUCACAAUUGGAAACUUUUCCAAAAGCUUAAUACACUCUUUCUUCAGGUAUAAAAUGUAAAGAUAGCAUGAUUCUCUACCGAACGAGCAAAAGAACGCAUAUUUUUAUGCAUGUUUCCUAUAAAAUAUAUUUGAAUUUAUAAGACAAUCAGAAAUCAAUGUCAAAAAUGCAUGCCUCUUAAGUAGUCAUUUCUUACCGAGUGCGGUUUCUGUAGGAGGUUAAAAGGAAAUGCAUUCAAAAGCCGACAUCCUGGCAAGUCCGAAACAUUAUAGGAUUAUGUCGUUUGAUAAUCAAUAUUGUAGCGAUACCUAAGUAAUUCUUCCUAAUCGAAAAGGCAUUUCCGAAUUUCGGUCGACAUUUCAUGAGAUCGGUCACUCACUGUAAUGAUGUGCGAUCAACCGCUACUUCCUCGGGUAACACGCCGACCCUUCUGUAGAGUUCCGCAUUCGAGACGCAAUUUGCGGAACAAACCUACAAUGCAUUUGCAUGUCCUCUCAACCACACCGUGUCCAACCCCGGGGCUAGAAGGCCUUAGAGUCGACGACUUUCAAGCAACACGAGGCCACGUGCCUACUUCUAUUAGCGAUUAUCAGAAGGUAGGAGCGGAGUUCUCGAUUCGAUCUGGUCUGCGGGUAGCACGCAUCGAUUUGUUUCACCAGGGAGCUUCGGAUAGAAGCCCACGUUAGAUAGCAUAUCAGCGGGCCGCCCUCGAUCGACCUGCUUAAAAGUGCCUGAAAUGUUAACCCGGUUCAAAAGUUGGGAAACUCACUGCAGUAGGUGGGUUAACUCGUGAAAUGUCAACUGAAGUUCCGAAACGCAUCUUCGUUUGGAAAAGAUUAAUUAAGUAGGGUUGGAAAACUAAUUGACGUGCAGUAUAAUUAUAUAAUAAUUCAGUUACCUUAGGAUGCUGGCUUUCGAAUAAACUCCUUCCCGGCUGUCGUCAAAAUCUAUACUCGGCAAAAAAGACUACUUAUGUAGCAUGCAUUUUCUCAUUAAUUUUUAAUGCUCUUAAAAAUCCAAUUAUAUUUCAUGGAGAACAUAUAUAAAAAUAUUCAUUCUCUUACUCAUUCGGUAAAAAAUUACAUCUCCUUCCAAUUUUAUACACGAAGGAAGGGUAUUAUUCGGUUUUCAAAAACUUUUCUAAUCUCCGAAUAACUUUGAAUCCGACCUGCCGUUACACUUGCAUUCAGGGUGUCCAAACUAUAAGCCAUAUAUUUUCCGCGUAUAGAAAAGCAUGCAUUUUUUGACGGUACUAAGAGGAGACCGUAUGGCGUUCAUAAGAUUUAGCAGUUGAUUUGAGCCAUAUUGUUAAUUUUACAAACCACAUUGCUAAAUGCAGAGACACAAUAUUUUUUUAAGAACGGGCAUUUCACGACUUUAAAAAAUCUCACGAUUAGAAGCUCUUUUAAAACCGGAUUAUACCCUUCCUUUGAGUAUAAAAUUGGAGGAAGACCUGAUUUUAUACCGAAUGGGCGAAAGAAUGAACAUUUUACGCAUGUUUUCCAUGAAAUAUAAUUGAAUUUUUAAGAGCAUCGAAAGUCGAUGAGAAAAAUGUAUGCUAGAUAAGUAGUCUUUUUUGCAGAGUAUAGCUUUUGAAGGCAGCCGGGAGGAAGUUUAUUCGAAAGCCAGCAUUCUGAGGUAACUAAAUUCUUAUAGAAUUAUGCUGCACGUUGAUUAGUUUUACAACUCCACUUAAUUAAUCUUUUCCAAACGAAGACGCAUUUUGGAAUUUCGGUUGACAUUUCAUGGGUUAACCCACCUACUGAAAAUCCUCUGGUUUGACUACCGAUUUAUGCUAAAGUAUGCGACGUAACUCAUGAAGUAAUAAGUGCAAUUUAGAAAUGUGAUUUCGGUUAGAAGGCUCUACUUCAAGGGAAUUGCACUACCGGUACUAUGUUACACCAUAAUCCCAAGAUACUUCAGUCACGUAGGACGCCAGCUCUGUAAUGCGCAUCCUCUAAAAUCUUGCUCGACAAAUACUGCUUAAGUAGUGUAAUUUUUUCCAUGGAUUUCUGACGUCUUUAUACAUCCAAGCAUAUUUUAUAGAAAAUAGACGCAAACAUAUCUUUCAUCGCACCACUUUUAUAAUAAAUCACGUUUCCAAAGUUUUCGGAUUUCGGUCUUUAGCAGCGUUUGCAAUUAUCAGAUUUUUAAGAACCUUGAAAGAUUUUUAAAUAGGAUCGUAUCUAUCCACUUACAAGUCUACGUGGCCCAUAUCCAUUGCAAAAUGUUCUGAGCCCUGGAUUGUAUCUUUUUAGCAGCCUAGAGGAAUGCGUGUUGUUUCCUAAGUGGAACAUGUACAAGUUUUAUUUACGCGACCCUACAUGCAACAGCAAGUGGGGUUUUAAAUUAUUUGGGAAUUAAAAAACUUUGAAAAACUGGACUAUAUUGGUUUUUUGGAUAAGAUAUACUUUACUAUUAAAGGCCUCUGAGAGACGAUGUUUUCGUGCAUACUUUCCGUAAAAUAUGUCGGGGUUUUUAAGGGCAUCGACAAUCGAUAAAAUGGUAUAUUAUAUUCGUAGUAAUUUUUCAUGAGCAGAUUUUGCAGGCGACUAGAAAAAUAAGCCUUUGAAGGCCGCCAUUCUGCUCUCACUGAAAUAUUUUGAGAUUGUGCUGCACGAUUUUGCCGUCCACUGUUCGAACCGAAAUCGGAGUUUGUGAGUUACGACGCCGACCGUGGGCGGACCGCCAUCGACUGCUCACAUCUCCCAGUAGUGACAAUCCUUAGACUGCCAUGAUUACAGACGGACUGUGUUCGCUCGGCUCUGUCCUAUGCUCUCAGAUAAGGCUCCUGCGAUCCUAUGCUGACAGAAAAGCAACGUACCGACACGGUGUGCCUUAUUCUGCUUUAAGUGAUGUCGGUGGCUUCCAUUGGCACCGCAAAGCCCCCCGUAGCAUGGCGAGAAACGUCUGGAGUCGAAAGCAAGACGACCACGUCGGAGAAACAGGAAGACUGCUCCGGACUUGAGCACGCGGUUUCCAGGUCGUGGCUCAUUCGACGGUACAAGGCCUCAGUUCUAGCGGGCCGCGAGCUUCGUGAGUAAUGCUUCACUGGUCCCCAGUCCAUUAACAAGUGCAAUGACCUCCUUCCAUGUUUGGUGCUGAGACUUAGCCCGGACAGAGUACUUAGCAGCGCGGGGAACGUGCAGGCAAACACUGUUUACAACGCCAGUGUUCGUGAACCAGAUGGUCGAGUAAUCAUCACACCAACGUCCAAUACGGGCGAUGCAAUCGCAGCGAGUAGCAACUUGAAUGCUGGCUAUCGAGUCGUUAUCGCACCAAGAGCAACCAUCCUUAAUGUAGAGGGGAGCUGUUGAUUUUCGAUUGCGUCCUACAAGCCCUGCAGAUUCGUAUGCGUGAAUCACCCGUAUCUUAUACUGUCUCCAACUCUUGUUACCUCAUGAGCCGGUGAGUGCAUCGUCAAAAAGCAGGACUGAAGUCUGUGUGUCGCUUUUCUGAGCUUUUUCGAGAAGUUAAAGUGCCCUACCUGUCUUUUUGUGCAGCUGCAGAUUCUCGCCUUCGCGAGGUUUAUCAAGACCCUCUCGCCUACAGGACCACCACCCGACUGCCCCUACCGUUUGAUUCUAGUUGGUGGUUCUCGCGAUGAUGCGGACGCCGUUCGGGUGGAAAAACUGCGGGAGCUGGUGGAACAGCUGGGCCUUAGCGAUGUGGUUGACUUUCAUGUUAAUGCCGCCUGGGAUACUCUCGGAAAGCUCUUUCAACAUUCUUCCAUCAACUUGCAUUCAAUGGUGGAUGAGCACUUUGGUAUUGGUAAGUAGCACUGGUCUGAUUUGUUACAUCCUUUUUUGCUUGGGUAUAAUAGUGUCUUCUGCCCGUACGAUUUCUGAUCUUCUAACCAAAACCCUGUGCUGUUAAUGCUAUCUAUUCUGUCUACUUAUAUUUUAAUAGUAGCUUUGGAAUGGUCCGUUCACUUCCCACCGAUGCAACUCGGCGACGUAAGCUAGCAGUACACCAGCACAUACGCCUCACACGAAUCCGUCUCACAUAACCCACCACAGGGACGAAAUCGGCACGUCUCACAUCAGUGAGAAGCGUGUUCUUUGGUCUUUUUCCAUGUGACCUCUGUGACACUUGAACGCAUGUGAGAUCCGAGCAGCCCACCCGGUCCCAAAUUUUGGUGGCCUCUUACGUAUGUGAAGAACGUCUCGGAGGCCGUCAGUCGUCUUCUCACUCCACUUGAAGAUGGGGUUGCACACAUUAGGCGCCAAGUCAUGAGGCCGAAAGACCCACUGCCACGGCAGGAAACGUCAGGAGUGGUUUGCCGGAUCUGGUGCAGUUGAGGACAAAGCAACUACGUCGCAGAAACUGGGAGAUUACUCCGGACGCGAAUUGGCAAGCGCGCAGCAGCAGUGAGGCGGGGAGACGCUAGCUCUCAGGUGGCGUUUCAUUCGAUGGGACCCGGCCACAUCUUCAAGUUUCAAGAGGCCGAAAUCCUCGCAAGGGGUUGCAACCGCGUGAACCGCGAGCUGCUUGAGUCAUGGUUCUCAGGCCCGCAAUCCAUCAACAAGCGCAGUAACCUCCCGUCACCGUAUUACGUGCUGAGAUUUUCCCUGGGCGGAGAAUCAGUCACGUGGGGAGGGCGCGGACGAGCAAUUAUCCCAGGGACAGUGAGCCAAUUUGCCGAGCAAUCGUCACACUAGCAUCCAACACGGAUGACGAAAUCACGACCAUUACCGACUCGGACUCGGACUGACAAGCCACCACCGCAUCAUUUACGACCCCAGCGGUGAUUGCGAGAGCUGUUAAUUACAGUGCGCAUAUGGUCCCACGGCAGCCACGUGCAAUAAAUACUGCACUCCUUGUGCCAUUACUACCCUUAUCUGAGACGGUUACUGAUGAAUGGUUCGAGUGAGAAUCCGAAUCGUCAGGCCAAUAAAUUUCUUGUUCCAUUGAUCGCAUUUUCGUCUUCUAAACCUUGUGUUGUUCAGGUCGUGUGUGCACGCAUAUACUGGCAGCUUAGCUCUGUCAGCGAAUGCGCCUGGUGUCAGCAUCAGCCGGUAGCUACCGGCAAUUAAAAGGUGCUCCCAUGGGUUCACCCAUAUCCGGUUUCUUGGCAGAGGCCGUACUGCAGAAAUUAGAAGGCAGGUGUUGUCUACAAAAUCCCAUGUUCUAGUUGUGAUGCCGUCUAUUUUGGCCAAACCGGGGAAUCUGUCUCAACCCGUAUACAUGAACGUCAUUUAGCGGUAAAAAGACGCGACCAUCUAUCUCUGGUGGCCAUGCCCACACUGGACACUGGGCACAAAUUGGCAUGGGAAAACACUCGCAUUGUUGGCGCCUGUCCAAUAUGGAAAGGCCACGAAUUCCUAUAGGCCAUGCACUCAGAUGAGGCAUGCAUCAAUCGGCAUAUCGAUUUAGAUGCCACAUACAAAAUCGUUAUGGACAGAUUCAAACUGAAUCAACCAAUGCCGAGAAUAUGACUUUAACCAAUCAUAGAAUCCUUUGUCAGACUCGGUCUAGAAGUUAACUGUUUUUGCACGCCCGUUGUCUGAAGAUGAGCUGGGUAACCAGUCUCGAAAGUUUACACAAUAAAGUUUACGGUUUCCCAAAGAAUUCCAUCUUCCUAAACAUAUAUUCAGAUAAAUACAUAUCACUGGCAGUAAUAUGACUGCAUGCCUGGUCUCUAGCUCGAGCUCCAAGGCGUAGCUGGACAGGCAUGUCCCGCAACCUGAUUAGUGAAUGAUACUCUCAUGAUAAUAUAUGCAUAUGGGCUCCCGUAUCUGUCCGAAAGCUUGGACGAACACGUUGGUCAUUGAUCAUUCUCCUCAUUUUUUGCGUAUGUAUGCUAGUUAAGUACGGUCUUGUGAUUGAGGCCUUGUGCCGACUGUGCCUCGUCUGCUUCUCGAUACUUCCGUCGCCCUCUUUACUCUGGCUCGUAGCACCUUUUUGAGUUGAGUUUCUUAUCCUGCGCUACGGACGUCUGGCGCUUUUAACUGUUGUCAUCACUCCAUUUACAUUUUUUCCAUCUUCAUUUUUAAGACUUUUGAAACCCCCGCUUCCUCCCCCCCCUCCCCUUAGGCAUAGUGGAGGGCAUGGCCGCUGGUCUCGUGACGAUCGCUCACCGCUCCGGCGGUCCACUCACUGAUAUCAUUGGUCCAUCUCAAGGUCACCUGCCCGCUGCGGCCGGUGAAGCGCUACCAAGUAAGCCCACCGUCGGCUUCCUGGCCACCACGGAAACGGAGUACGCACGUCUGUUUGAGUACGUCCUGGUGCGAAUGAACCCAGCACAAAGACAGGCGAUCGGCGAGGCCGCUGCUGCGCGCGCCAGCACCAUGUUUUCCGAGGCGGCGUUCACUCGGGGGUGGAUGGGGUUCCUGCAGUGCCUUCAGGCAUAG